GUGAGUUAGAGGAAGGCGGCUGUCAUUUCUCGAAGGAGAAUGUCCACCGAAAAGUGCUUGGUUGGAUUUUCUGACAUAUUGGAUUGGCGUCCUAUGCAGUUCCUCGAUUUACCUCCUGGGAGGUCGUGUUCGUUCUGUAACGUGAUUCCCACGUUGACUUUUGUGCUGAAGUGCUCGCAUGUUGUGUGCAAACCCUGCUACGGCGCGGUUAUUGACAGCAUAGGAUUGUGCCCUUUCGAUGGUCAUCCGGCUCAUGAAAGUGAUAUCCUAAGAUUAUCCCGCGAUGAAGUGGAUAAUUUUACUGUGCGCUGCUGCAAUUCGUCGCAGGAUUGCGACUUCGUUGGUACCGUAGCGCAAGCGAAGCAUCAUUUGUUCAGCGAAUGCUAUUUUCAUCCCGUUACGUGCAAUGGAUGCAAUACCAAAGUGAUUCGUAAUGACAUUGUGAUGCAUAUCGUAGACAAGGAGUGCCAGGGUGAAUCAUCUGUGUCUGAAACGCCUCAAGAUAGCGGCGAUGUGUGCGAUAUCCGGCAAACCAUAACUAGCUGCCUGGAGUCAUUAUCCGAGAAGGUGAGCGCCGUUGAAGAGCAGUUGAAUACUCAUACGGUCUCCAUUGAUGAAGCAAAAGCGUCUAUCGGGAGAAUUGGGGAGCUGAUGAGUAUGCUGCGUUUGGACGAGAGGGAUCGUGUUAUCCCACAGAUGGUGGACCAUACAGUCAGUGUUCAACUGCUGACCGCAGACCGCGACGCUGUUGCGAAGCUCAUCGAUGAGGUGGAUGUGCUGCAGCGCUGCUCUGAGGAAGUAACGACUUUCACGAAAGCCGAGAAGGAAGGAAGUGAAACGAAGCCAAUCACCAGAGCCAGUUGUGGGAUUCCUAGGGAGCAGGGCACGCUGGAAAAAUGUUUGGUCGACACUUCACUUGUCACGGAAGAAAAGUGCAAAGGCCUCCUUGAGGUGCAAGGUUUCGUCGGGCUGCUACGGAAGACUUCAUCCAGCGAACCACUCGCCAUAACCCCGAAUAUUCUUUUAUGUGGCUACUCCCUCCAUAUAUAGGUGUGCCUGAAAGGAUCACGUUACCAGAAAAACGAAGCACGAACACUGUGUUAGUGCUGUCCUGCUUGUUUUCUUUAAGCGUUCACAACUAUGCACAGCUUUCAGAGCCUCGUGAGGGCGUUGAUGAGCCAAGUGCCUCACGGGAUCGAAUGCAUGAAACUGCAUAAUGUUCAAUCGUCAAACAUCAGAGACCACCAUGAAGGGAUCCUGGUUUGCACCAUGCAUACAUGAAUGUGCAGCAUUCAACCAACACGC